AUGACAGGGGCCGACAUCGUCAUGGGAUGGGUCGACGGAAUAGCGCACGUGCAGAUGGACACGACUCGUCUGAUCUGGGCGCUGCACGAGUCUGACCCGACGCCGGGUGGCGGCCCCUCCUACCACGGCACGCGGCGCGGGGUCCGCAGCCUCAGCCUGGACGGCUCGGGCGUCUUCCGCUUCCCGGCGCCCGGCGAGAGCGAGUCGUUUGUGUUCGGCAACAGCGAGGUGGCGCUGCCCGAGGCCCGCACCUACUACCACUGUUCGAUAAAGAGGCUGCCUGACUUCGGUGAAAAGGUCCACCUCAUUGGGUCUCGGGUGAAGCUGGAUCCAGUCACCGCGCCGUACGUGCACCACAUCCUGAUGUUCGCGUGUACAGUUCCGGCGCACAUGCACAACCAGUUCGACGAGUACGCCAGGAGCCAUCCGGGCUCAGAGUGCUACAGGUAG